UGUCGCAGGCGAAUGCGCGAGUUGUAGUGUGAGCGAGCGUGAACGUAGGCGCUUUCCCCGUCGGUUACGCUAUUUUGGUUUACGUACGCAUCUGACAGCCAGCAGGAACGGGUGGAAAAUUGAUUUAUUUCGAUACGAAGACGGGCGCGUACCAACAGUUGAUUUGUAUCAUUCCAUUCACACUCGCCGACAUCAAUUGAAGGAGUAACUCGUGAAAAUGUGCGGAAUAUUUGGAUAUAUCAAUUACCUGACUCCGAAAAGUCGCAAAGAAAUCUUGGACUUAUUGGUCACAGGUCUCAAGCGUCAGGAAUACCGUGGCUAUGAUUCCGCAGGUGUGGCAAUCGACACGGACAACAAAGACAUUGCCCUCAUCAAGAAGACCGGCAAGGUGAAGCUGCUCGAAGAGGAGAUAAACAAACGUUGCGCUGAGAUGGAUAUGGAAACCGCCAUUGACAUCCACUGUGGAAUUGCACACACCCGUUGGGCCACCCACGGUGUACCAAGCGAGACCAACUCGCACCCUCAGCGCUCCGACGAUGCCCACUCCUUUGUUGUUGUCCAUAAUGGUAUUGUCACAAACUACAAGGAAGUGAAAGUGUUCCUGCAAAACAAAGGCUAUCGAUUUGAGAGUGACACCGAUACGGAAAUUAUUGCCAAAUUGAUUCACUUGUUCUACAUCCAGCAUCCCACUUAUUCGUUCAGGGAACUCGUUGAGAGUGUUGUGCAACAAUUAGAAGGUGCAUUCGCGUUGUGUUUCAAAUCCAAGCAUUUCCCAGGCGAAUGCGUCGCCACCCGAAGAGGCUCCCCACUUCUUGUGGGCAUCAAGACCAAAACCCGUCUCUCCACCGACUACGUGCCAAUCCUUUACGGAAAAGACGAUACACCUGCAUCAAAAGAACCAUCAGACAGCGCGCACUCAGAACAUAGGCCACACAUGCGAGAUAUUCCUGUCCUGCCACGCACUGAGUCCACCUCGGAGUUUCAACCCUUGGAAGAUAAAGAAGUCGAAUAUUUCUUUGCCUCUGAUGCUGCUGCUGUUAUUGAACACACCAACCGUGUUAUUUACUUUGAGGAUGAUGAUGUUGCUGCUGUAAAAGAAGGCGCUUUGAGCAUUCACAGAUUAAGGCGCAACAUGGACGAUCCCCAUUCUCGUGAAAUCCACACAGUUAAAAUGGAACUUCAACAGAUCAUGAAGGGCAACUACAGCUUCUUCAUGCAAAAAGAAAUCUUUGAACAGCCUGAAUCUGUGAUCAACACCAUGCGUGGCCGUGUUAACUUCGAGACACAGUCAAUUAUCUUGGGCGGCAUUAAAGAAUACAUUCCCGAAAUCAAACGCUGCAGGAGGCUGAUGCUUAUCGGCUGCGGUACUAGUUAUCACAGCGCCAUUGCCACAAGACAAUUACUUGAAGAACUCACCGAAUUGCCUGUCAUGGUUGAAUUGGCUAGUGAUUUCCUAGACAGGACCACGCCUGUGUUCAGAGAUGAUGUGUGCUUUUUCAUUUCACAGUCAGGUGAAACCGCUGAUACUUUGAUGGCGUUGCGUUAUUGUAAGAUGCGCGGUGCGCUCAUUGUUGGUAUCACCAACACAGUAGGCAGUUCGAUUUGUCGCGAAUCGCAUUGUGGUGUACAUAUUAAUGCAGGACCGGAAAUUGGUGUCGCCUCUACUAAGGCAUACACGAGUCAGUUUAUCGCUCUGGUGAUGUUUGCGCUUGUGAUGAGUGAGGAUCGCAUUUCUCUGCGUCAACGCAGAGCUGAGAUCAUGCAAGGUUUAGAGAAUCUGCAGGAGCAAAUUCGAGCCGUGCUCAAGUUGGACGCUGAGGUACAGGCACUUGCCAAGGAUUUGUAUCAGCAGAAGUCGCUGCUCAUCAUGGGCCGUGGCUAUAACUACGCCACGUGUCUCGAGGGUGCACUUAAGGUCAAGGAGUUGACGUACAUGCACAGCGAGGGUAUCAUGGCCGGUGAACUCAAGCACGGACCGUUGGCUCUCAUCGAUGAUCAGAUGCCUGUCUUGAUGAUCGUUAUGCGCGAUCCUGUUUAUGCCAAGUGCAUGAAUGCUCUACAACAGGUCACUGCUCGUGAGGGAAGACCAAUUUUGAUCUGCGAGGAGGGCGAUAAUGAAACUGCCAGUAUGGCGUUCAAAUCACUGCAAAUUCCGAAAACCGUCGAUUGUCUUCAGGGCAUUCUGACUGUUAUUCCAAUGCAAUUGUUAAGUUUCCAUCUGGCUGUGCUUCGCGGUUGCAAUGUGGAUUGUCCGAGAAAUCUGGCAAAGAGUGUUACUGUGGAAUAGGGCGAAUUCUCUUUCGGAUAAGCAUUUAUCUCUUCCUUGCACACACACACACACAUACUUAACAUAUACAUUCAUAAAAGAAAUAUAUCUAUAUAUAAAUCAUGUAAAUGUUAAGAUAAUUCUAAAAUUUCUACUUAAAAGGAAUCUUUUUUAUAUUCACAAAAAUUGGUAGAAGAUGUGUAUCGGUCUUACGAAAUUAUUGUUGGUUAAAAUACGAAGAAAAAGCGAAAAAGUUGAAGUGAUUGUUAGCAUUUUAUAUUUGUGACAAUGUACGUAAAUGAGAUUAUUAUAAAUAUUAAUAUAAAUGAUUAGUGAUGUAUUAAAAAAAUGCUGCGGUGCAUUGAUAUAUUUUUCUGAAUUGUAUAAAAGCUGAAAAGACAUUUAUGUUUCAUUAAAUUCUUUAUUUUUGCGCUUAA